GUCACCCCUUCACGUAUGUUUUUGAACUAAUUGACAAUGAGUAUACCCGGUGCUGGAGUGGACAUGUCUGCUCUAAUGUCUCAACACCCUGUGCUAGGAGCUAUCCCCCCGGCUUUCUUUCUAAGAGCCUCCGAGAGAUACCAAAGAACCCCUAAAUGUGCAAGAUGUCGAAAUCACGGUGUUGUCUCGGCUUUGAAAGGACACAAAAGAUACUGUAGAUGGCGGGAUUGUAAUUGCGCCAAAUGUACCUUGAUCGCAGAGAGGCAGAGGGUUAUGGCCGCUCAGGUGGCUCUCCGGAGGCAGCAAGCUCAGGAAGAAAACGAGGCUAGAGAGUUAGGGAUCCUCUUUCCCACGCCGAUGACCCAGUCCGUUGGGGAGACCCCUGUACCUCCUCCGCCAGUAUCCAACGCAUCUGAUAUGGGGAUGGCUCCUGUUUUACAAAGAAGUACCUUCACCACGGCGUCUGAUUCUUCAGAGGCUUCUAGUCCAACUUCCAAAAGGCCCAGAAUCAACGUCGAAGAAUGCCAGUUAGAAGAAUCAGACUCAGAUCAAGAAGAAAUUAAAAGAAGUCAGCACUCGUCGCCAAUAAAUCCCCAACCUACUCCUUUAGCUCCUACCCCAUCACCAGACCCAGUAACAAGUCCAGAUCCAGACCUAGACGUCGAAGAAGACACGCAAUCAGAAGCCCCCGAAAACCUUUCAGUCAAAAGGGAAAAACCGCCAAGUCCUGAAACCCCUCCCCACCAACAGGCGUCAAAUUUUAUGCCGUACCAACAUCCCUUUGCACAGUUUCCACCUCAAUUUCAACCUGCCUAUCCGCAGAGGAGCCCUAUUGAUGUAUUGAUGAGGGUGUUUCCGGGCAGGCGAAGAUCGGACGUCGAGGCACUUUUACAAAGAUGUAAAGGAGAUGUUCUCCAAGCCAUGGAGCUUAUGGUAAGCGGCAGCCACGAAGAACUAUCCACGCCAUCAGCAUUUUCUCCACUCGGCCCACCGACAAAUUUUCACAGGUACAGUCCAUCAAGGAGGUUUCUCUCCGCUCCCUAUGCCGGCACUGGCUAUCUGCCCACAGUCAUUAGACCGCCCCCAGACUACAUGUCGCUCGUGGGACCAGUACACGAUCUCUACAAGAACGAGAACACCGCAGCUUCCUCUCCUGGUUCCAACACUGGAUCAGAUAAGACGAGUUACUCGGAAUAGCCCCAAAUGUUCGACCAUCGGGGUUACGAGUAUCACUAAGAGUAAGCAGAAACCUGUAAAAUUUGUGACCAAUAGGUGUAUAUAAUUCUGGAUAAAUUUUCUAUAAAAAAGAUGGUGGUGCUUUUUGUAGAAAUUAUCCAUAAAAAGUGAAAUUUAGGUGUACAUUUUUACAAAUAACUAGAGAAUGUUAAAUUGUAGUGGUACAAGAGAUGAUAGGUUGAUGAUGACGUUAAUAUUAUUAAUACUUUUUUUUAUAAAAUUCCAGUUAAAAUCGACGAUUUUAAUAAUAUUCUAUUGCGUAUUGAUACAUAAUCUUUCGCAUAUUACUGUAAGUUGGUCGAUCCGUCUUGUUGGUCGAUGAUCCAAAUAAUAUUUAAGAUUCAAAUCAGGUGAACGAGGGGGCCAUUCAAUACUACCUAAUGACCUAAUCCAGCAAUCCAUUGUCCGAAAAAUGUCUGAUCUAAAGAACGCCGAACAUUUGCACCAAAAUGAGCUGAAUCUCCGUCUUGCUUAAACUAUAUCAGAUUAAAAUUUACUCCAAACUUGUUUUUCAAGGCAGGUAUAAUCUCAUUAUUUCUAAGUAGUAUUUCAUAAUUGAAAGGUAAAGUUUUCAAUCCUAAUAGCGACAUUAAAGAGAUUGAAAAAUAUUAAAAAUAUUACUAAAAGAUUUUUAAAUCGAAAACUUAUUGGUCCAUUUCCUUGGUA